AUGAACAGCUCAAAGUGGGCUCCAGGCGGCGCGAAUAGCAAGAAUGAACCAGAUGCCCCCGCCCCACCAGCAAAUGCGCCUACAGGUCCUCGCGAUACACAGUCGCGUGGCCGUCGCAAUGAGUCUGGAAAGGAUAGACAGGGAAGAGGCAGAGGCUCGAACAGAACUGAGCGCACCAACAACCGCGGUGGGCACAACAGUGACGCUGCAGGACCUGCGCCAGAUCGCAGCCCUUCCAUCAAUGACGGCUUGUCUCCGUUUGGCAGGAUGGAACUCAACAGUGCGAUUGGCAGACAGCCAUCUGACGGGGACUUCAACGGCAGGUUGACAAUUGGUGUACAUGGAAACACAAUUAAUCAACUCCGACCAAGCACCGUAUAUCCGCCAGGCCUUGGCGUACCCCAAAAUGAAGGCUCUCAGCGUGACACCGACCGAGCAAUGGACGAGUUCCCCGGUCUGCGGACCGGACAACAAGCUGAUCGCGCGGUGGAUGAGGGUUCAAGGAUGUCUCUGCCCACUCGCUCUUCCCCAUCAACCUCUUCCUCUAGAGAUCUGUUCCGUUACGCAGCUCAGAACCAGGCAGGUCAAUCGAACCGCAUGACAGCUACUUCAAAGCCCGCCCGCUCUGUACGUGCUAUCCAAAUCAAGAACACAGACGGUGAGGUCGUCGCCUUCCAGCCUAUAUCAGCUAUGGGAAAGACGGGAAAGCAGAAGGGACAUGACCUGAACCCCUCUCAUCCCACUUCAACAGAUCAUGACGCAGCUGCUGGUCCUCUUAUCACCGGAACUACAGCGAAUACAGACAUGGAAACCCGUAUCAAAGCGCUAGAAGACCAACAGAACGACACCCGCGACAUGAUCGACGCCAUGAACCAACUCUACAUCCGUCUCAAAGAGUCCGUCAAACACCUGGAGUAUCAAAACACACUGCAGCGAGUUCGCCCACAGACAUCCGAUGCGCCAUCUGCAGAUUCGCACACCCCUGCAGUUGAUGGGUCCUCCUAUGUGCCCUCUCAGGGUAAUCUUUCCGACGACGAGUUCUCAUACAUGCUCAAGAUGUUUGCUGGUAAGACGAUUACUGCAGACCACUGGGAUAAUGUGGUAUGGAGCUUCUACGGCCAGAACGCGGCGAAUGCCCAUAACCAGGACCAGGGUCGGAACCAGGACCCAUUUACAGAUGAGUAUAAGAACGAGGCUGCGGACAAAGUUGAGGAUGGGGAUAAGGAUGUGGGUAAUGACGACCCCUAA